UCGGUCCAGGUAAAUCCCAGAUCUCAGCCCCAUUUUCUUUCAGAUCCAGCUCCCACUCUGCAACGUCCAAUUGACGCGCCUGUAAUACCCUCAAAAAAGGCGCUCAUCCACUGGACCGAAUAUUUUGGUGAGCUUUGUAUCGUCGUCAAUGGAUCUAUCACAGCGGGCGCUUCCGCGUCACACUCAUCACCAACCACCACCAUCUCUCUCAAAUCCUUCGCCCUCACAUCUGCCGCCUCAACAUUCUACGUCUACGUAUAGUCCUGGUCCCGUUGCCUCGCAUCCAACUCUCCCUCUUCCCGGAACUCACCCACCAUCCUCGGCUUUGACACCAGGAUCGGCCUCAACAUCCCCUGCAUCCAUCUCCCACCGGUUACCUUCAGCAUCAGCUUCGACGACAUCAAGGCAUCCUACUGGCGAUUAUCUCCCUGACGCAGAUGAUCUAGACGCGUCGACACCCGUGGAUGGAGAGGAACCUCCAAAGAAGAAGCAAAAGCGCAACAAGCCAACUCUUUCAUGCCAUGAAUGUGUAGAGCGCAAGACCAAGUGCGACAGAGGUCGACCCCAUUGUCUUGCCUGCAUAAAACGACAGACUGAAUGCCGAUAUGCCCAUGUCGCAAACCUUCUCGAGGAGACCACCAGGUCAGCCGCCAAUGGCCGCCGUAUGACGAAACCCCCAAAGAAGAAGUCUGGCUCUAGUGGAAAGUCCCCCAUUCCAAAUAUCGCAGAUAGGGGUAUGUCGAAUGAUCCCAGGGCAACCUCGCGUGGCGCUGUUGCCCUCUCUAUCGGCCUUCUGUCCAACGUUCCUUAUUCCUUGCCUUCUGCAAGUAACGUUUUUGGUAUCGGGUCCGAGCACCCAUUUGCCAACUACUGGACCUGCGAAGGGGGCUUGCCUGAGGUUAUCUCGGUGCUUCCAGACAAGAUUCAAGCCGAUAUACUACUUAGCCGAUACUUCGAAUGUGUUGACCCCGUGUAUCCCAUGAUACAUCGCCAGACAUUCUAUGCGGACUACGAACACUUCUGGCAGAUGAAUCAGCAAGAAAAGACCGAUACAGAUCCGUCCUUCAUUGCAUUAAUCUUUGUCAUGCUGGCCCUGGGAACUCAGUUUGUAACAUCGACUACAUCCCCACAGGAGCGAAGGCAGACAGCAGAGUUCUAUGCUUCGGCUAGCAACCAAGCUCUCCGUAUCGCAUCAUAUCUUAGCAGUGCAUCGUUACGGUCAAUCCAGGCUAUGGUAUUGCUAGUGUACUUCCUUAUAAACGACAACCAUGCCUCAGAUGGGUGGGCGUUUGCAGGUAUUCUGAUUCGGCAAGCUUAUGCUAUGGGUCUUCAUAGAGAUCCAAAUAUUGUGACUCCAAAUGCCACCCUGUUUGAGAAGCAGCAGCGGCGUAAGGUCUGGCAAGCGGUACUUCUCCAAGAUACUUUCUUGACCGUCUUACUCUCCCUGCCACCGUCUGCGACACAUACAGAUGUUUCCGUGGAAGACCUACUCGACGAUGGCUCCUCGAUUGCAAAUAGCGACCCAACAGAUACGGCAUAUAUCCGAGGCUCUUGGACUUUGGCCAACUUGGUUCAGGAGACGAUCUGCUCACCAAGAUCGUUAGACCUACCAAUCUGCACUACGGCAAGGCAUAAGUCUAAGUUGAUUGCUGACUUCCGAGCUGUUUACCGUUCGUUCCCUGACGUCUUCCGGUCUUGGGAUCCUGAUAGUAUCACGGCGCUCGCGAAAACCAAUAAGAGGGUGGUUCGUCAGACCCUGUUCCUGACGAGCAACUACUUCCAUAACUUGAUGCUUGUUCAUGCUUCCGAGAGCCCUGAUGUUCCUGUCAAUGUUCGUGGUACACUGGAGGCGGCGCACGACGCCAUUACAGCUUUCUUCCUUCUUUUCACACUUCUUGAGAUAGAAGCACGUGUUUGGUGGGUGUUCAACCACCGAGCUUUCUUGGAGGCGCUGUGUAUCGGAAAUGUCCUGAAGGAGGCUGCUCGAGAACCAGGUGGUGCAGAUAUGAUGGCAAGAGAUCCUCUCCUUGUCAGGGCAAAAGCUGAUAUCACACGCAUGAUCCAAAUCAUGCAGGUUAUGGGCGAAGACUCUGAGGUAGCGAGGACUCGAGUGCAGGUUUUGAGUGACUUUCUGGCAUGAAUGAGGCAGUGGUCUGUUUGUAUAAAAGUGUUCUGGUUGACGACUGAAUGAGACGUGUAGCAUGUUCAGGGGCAACAUUGGUCUAGCACGUCAGCAGAUAUCUAGCAAGGCAUGUACAUACCGAAGGCCAUAUUGUUUGAUAUUCAAGCUGCGAGUAUUCAUUGCAUGCUAGAAGAUAAGUAGAGCUUAGCACAACAUAUGCAUACCCAGGAGAGAAUUAUAAUGCUUCUUCGCUG